AUGAUUUUGAGCAUUUCCCAAUACAUACAGCUUAAUGUUAUGGCUAAGAAUUGUGUAGAUCGUUUUAAGAAAAUAAUGAAAAUCACAAGAUUGAUGUCCGCUUUGUGUGGUGCGGAUGUUUUAGACCUGAACUACAAAAUGUCCUUAUAUACAUGGGCCGUGCUUUUUGCGAUUAAUGCCUUUUUUGGCUGCACAAUUUAUACCAUUUACAUGGGAAUGGUGGUUGAUGGAGAUUGGAAAGUUCUUUUACAGGCCCUCAGUUUAGCGGGAAGUGCAGUGCAAGGUUAUAGCAAAUUGCUUUCGAGCAUUUCUCGUCGUUUGGUUAUGAUUUCUAUGCUUCAGAAACUGGACAAUAUUUAUAAGGAGUAUCAAAAUGAUAAGAGCUAUCUAAUGAUUCUACGAUAUCGUACAGAUUUGGCCUCCAAACUGUUAAAAACUGUCAUGUGGAUCUAUAUAAGUCUUGCGUCAGUCAUCGUUUUGUAUCCCCUGCUUUAUGGCAUUUUGUAUAAUGAGAAAAUGUUUGUUAUGCAAUUCUUAUUGCCCGGCAUAGAUCCAUCAACUCAGUUUGGCUAUGUUCUGCAUAAUGUUUUCCAUGUUUUCCUUAUCUGUUUGGGAGCUUUUGGAAAUUUUGCGAGCGACAUGUUUAUUUUUAUAUACAUCAUAAAUAUACCCUUGUUGAAGGAUAUUAUAAAGAUUAAAUGUGAGAAAUUGAAUCAGGUGGCUCUUAAGGCUCGCAACCCAAAGAAAACAAUGCCUUUGUUAAAGGAAAUUGUUGAAUGGCAUAAAAAUUACAAUAAAUUCGUUCAACAAGUUGAAGAAGUCUAUUAUGAUGUUAUAUUUGUUCAAAUUUUAACUUCGGUGGUGAGCAUUUGCUGCACCAUUUUUUGCAUUGUCAUUCACAGUUGGCCAGCAGCCUUUGCCUAUUUGCUAUACAGCAUAAUAAUGUUGUAUGCAUAUUGUGGACUUGGUAAUUUGGUGGAAAUAUCUAAUGACGAAGUAAUCAAUAUAAUUUAUUGCGAUUGUUUGUGGUAUGAACUGUCUGUGCCAGAACAAAAAUUAAUUAUCUUGAUGUUAAGAAAGGCCCAAAAACCAAAAACAUUGACCAUAGGUCACAUGAUGCCCUUAUCUAUGAAUACGGCUCUGCAAUUGACAAAAGCUAUUUAUAGUUAUAUGAUGAUGCUGGUGAAUUUCUUGGAAAUGGAUGAUAUCUAA